AUGCCCGUCAUCCUAACUGGUUCGCCCAUUGUGUCGGAGGAUUCUGAGGCCGCCAUCAACGCUCUUCUUGACGAGGUACCAGAUGCUGAGACUUCUGACGCUGAGCCUACUGUGCAGGGUUGGGAAGAUUCUGAGGAGCGACUAGCAGACCCACAACUUCCAGGUGAUGCCCAGGAGGUGAUUGCAAACCCGAAAAUGAAUGAAGAGCAGGAAUCCCCUGAAGAAGUUGAGAUCGAAACCCCAGCGACAUCCGAAGCCGAUCUCAAGGGGGGUUUCAUUUGCAAGGCCCUUGACUUCUAUAGGAAAGACGGAGAAUGGUCCCAGACCUCUCCAUAUCACCUUCCCGAGGCUGCAGAGAAUAACGAGACAGCUCAGCACGCCAUUUUGAAAAGGAAUGAGAAAAGUUCUGACAGCCGGAAGAAGCUAUCUUUGCAUUCGAUCAUCAUUCAAAGUCCACUGAUCAAGUCUGUACUCGGCAAAGUAUUUGAAGGGUACGAUGGUAUCACUACAGAGCUCGAUCGUCUUGAGUUGAAGAAGCCCUUCGAACCCUUUGUCCACCGUUGGGAGAAGUUCCGGCUUGCGAGAAACUAUGAACAAGAUCCCGACACUCGUGAUCACCUUGAUCUUUUGAACAUCAUAUACGCCGAGCUCAAAUUCACUCUCGCAAGACGGGAUGAUUUGCUCAUGCAUGGUGUCAUGAGAUAUGAUCUUCUCUGGACAAUGUUCGAGCCUGAAACCCUGGUAUUCCAGGAGUUUGGAGAAUCGAAAAGCGAGCGGGUGACGCGCGUUGAUAGUUACAGCUACGGUCGCAGCUUUGCUGUGACUAGUCGCUAUGUGGAAUGGGAAGGAACCAAAUUUGGUAUGGACUCCGACUGCGAGUCAAUUGGGAGUUUCAAUGGGACCAAGAAGAUUACCGAUCUGAAGAUAUAUCCACUGGCAUACCACCGGGACGCUAUCGGUGUCCAACGUCGCUGCAUUGCCCGCGCAAGAGAGUGGGAGACAUACUGCAGGUACUCUUUCAAGCAAUAUAUUGGUGUAGCCGUCUCUAGUCGAUCUCGAAUGCAUGUUGAUGCUCGAGUAAUCAUCAAUACUGAAGCAUACAACAAAUUCAAUCCCAACAGCGAGGUGACAGUCUGGAAACUCGAGAACGAUAAGACGUACCAACCUCCAGCCACAGAUGAACCAGAGCCUGAGACUCUCCGAUUGAAGCCCUGGCAGCUGCUGCUCGCCACAAAUAUGUUGAAAGCAUAUUCCCUCAAGGACAAGGUCUGGAUGACGAUCCACCUUGCGGGUAUACAAGAAAUCACAUGGAACGAUGAUGCCUUUUCCCGCUUGGUUCUACCAGAUGAUACUAAAGACCUCGUCCUCGCGUUCGCGAAAUCCCAGAUUUUGCGCGAGCAGACAUUCGAUGACAUCAUUCAAGGAAAAGGCAAAGGGGUAAUAAUGCUCUUGAGUGGACCGCCUGGGGUCGGAAAGACAUUGACGGCUGAGGCAGUCGCUGAGACUAUGCGCGUACCCUUGUACAUUAUGGCUGCUGGCGAUCUGGGAGCAGAUGCAGAGGAUGUGGAGAAUGAACUCAAGACGAUUUGUGCGAUGACCACGAGAUGGAAAGCAGUGCUUCUUCUUGACGAAGCAGACAUAUAUCUCGAAGCAAGGUCAACUCACGAUCUCCAACGGAACAAGUUGGUCUCCGUCUUCCUUCGCAUCCUCGAGUAUUACGAAGGUUUUCUAUUCUUGACUUCCAAUCGCGUGGACAACAUCGAUGCCGCGUUCGAGUCUCGCAUCCACUUGAGCUUAAUGUAUAAUGGCCUCAGCUUUGAGAGUCGGAGACAAGUUUUGAUCACGUUCACAAAAGACCAGGGCUUUACGGACAAGCAGAUUGAUGCUCUGGCGGAGAUGGAACUCAAUGGGAGACAGAUCAAGAAUAUCUUGAAGACGGCACAGCUGCUGGCCACGAGCAGCGACAGCCCUUUGAACUUUGGUCAUGUGCAGACGAUCACUAAACUUAGGGCAGCGAAUUCUUGUGUUCCUUUGAGAGGAAGUGUGGAUUCUUUUGCUCUUACUGGAUCUUGCAAGAUUGUUAGGGAGAGGGACUAG